AAAACCUUAGAAAGCAGACUGAUAUAUCCAAACCACAAGAUCAAACAGUGAAGAUUAGAAAUACAAAGUUUUAGACCAGAGAGUUGCCAAAAAUGUCUAGAACAAGUUCACCAAAAAAGCGAAAUUUUAGCACUAGUAGCACAGCCAGUACUAAUUCCUUGAAGAGACGACAGUCGCUACGAGCAGUCGAUUAUGGCAUCACUAAAGAUGACAGAUUAUCUGCUGAAGAAAUGGACAGCCUCAGAGAUCAGGCAACUGCGUAUGAAUAUCUUUGCCAUUUGGAAGAAUCCAAACAGUGGAUGGAAUUUUGUCUCCAGGAAGAACUUCCUCCUAGUGUUGAGUUGGAGGAGGGGUUACGGAACGGAGUCUUCCUGGGAAAGUUGGCUCACUAUUUCGCUUCGGACAUAAUCCCACUCCGAAAGAUUUAUGACAAAGAUCUGAAAAAAUAUGAACAGAAAGGAUUACAUUUCAAACACACGGAUAAUAUUAACCACUUCUUUCGAGCCAUGGAGAAAGUUGGCUUACCCAAGAUAUUCUUCCCUGAAACAACAGACAUCUACGACCGUAAGAACAUGCCCAAAACUAUCUAUUGCAUCCAUGCAUUGAGUUUGUAUCUUUUCAAACUUGGCCUUGCACCACAGAUGAAAGAUUUGUAUGGAAUAGUCGAGUUCACUGAGGAAGAGCUAACCAACAUGCAGAAGGAAUUGGAUAAAUAUGGAAUAAACAUGCCGCAGUUUAGUAAGAUUGGGGGAAUACUUGCCAACGAGCUUUCAGUGGAUGAGGCAGCACUGCAUGCUGCUGUUAUUGCAAUCAAUGAAGCAUUAGAAGCAGGAGAUGCGGAAGCCACCAUGCAAGCGUUACGAAACCCCAAUGCUUGUCUAACUACACUGGACGAACAGAAUUCUGAGGAAUAUCAAAAAAGACUGAUGGAUUCGAAAAGGGCAAAAGUGGAGGCUGCAAAAAAUAAGGUGAAGACAGAUAAUGAAAACGAGGAGCGAGAUAUGUAUGAGGAGUUACUAACACACGCUGAACUACAGGGAAAUAUCACGAAAAUUAACCUUGACAUCAAGGUAGAAAAGGUGAAUCGAGAUUUAACAAGCAACGAAGGCAACCUGAUAUCGGAUCUUACGAACCUUGGAAUCUCCAAUGUUGAUCCUAAGAAUGAGAGUUGGUAUCUUGACCAGCUGAAGAAAGACCUGCAAGCUAAACGUGAAAAAACUGGAGAUGAGAAUGCAACCCUUGAUAAAGAUGAAAUACAAGCCGCCAUCAACGCAGCUAACUUGUUGGCUACCAAACAAAGACUACAAGAUGAAACAGUCUCGAACAUCAACUCCCUUCUCGUUGAAUCGGGGAGUCCGGAGGAUCUUGAGAGGGAGUUGAAGAAGUCGGACGGAAACUUCCCGAUUAUAGUUGAUGGGAUGGCUGACUUGUAUCAUUCCGAACUCACUAAACAGAAGAAUAUUAAGGGAGAGGAUUUAACACACAAUGAAAUAUGCCAAGCCCUCAUCCAUCUCAAUGCAUUGGCUGCGCUCAACCGUGAACUAGAAGUCGGUGAUGUGGAAAGUGUGUGGUCGGCCAUGCAGAACCCCGACCUCGGAUUAGAGAGGCUCGACCAAUCUAAUAGGACAAGAUGUUGUGAGGCAUUAAAGCAACAGAAAAAGGACGAAAAAUAUUUGAAUUGUAAAUCUAUCCAAGAAACAGUGGAUGCAAUCAACACACAAGUACAAGAGGAACACGCAACAAUCAAGGCUGUGAAUGAUGUGAACGAAGCUCUUUCUGCCGAUGAUCGUGACGCGGUCCUCGCUGCUCUUCUUAACCCCUCCCUUCAUCUUAACAACGUGGAGCCUUCCAAUAUUACUCAGUACAUCCGCCUCAUGAAGAAGAAGAAAGAGAAGAAGUCCUCGGAGACGGGAGAUCCCGAUCCAGCUCUCUGGAUCGAAGAGAUUCAAAACUGCAUCGAUGCCGGGAACUCGCAAACAAGACAAGCGUUGAAACAGGCGUCAGCUGUAACUGCAGUGAACAUUGCAUUGGAAGACGAUGAUUGGGAGCAAACAUACGAGUUAUUGAAGCAUAAUGACAUCGCACUCGCAUCUCUCACAUCGGAGUGUGCUUCUACAUAUCAUGACCAACUCAAGGAAAUGAGAGAGGAAAAAUUAGAAGAAGGCAUGCAAGAUACGACAUGGGUAGCAUACCGCACUAAGGAAGGUUACACAUAUUACUUCAACACUGAAAACCUGGAUGGAUCUUGGGACGAACCUGAGGAAUUUAACAGCAAUACUGCCCAACUAAGCAAGGACGAAAUACAGGAAUGCAUCAGCAUGGUAUCAUCAGCAUACGACCGUGCUCAACUAUGGAGAGAUAACGAAGCUUUGAUCAUCAAACUUCAAUCGUUUUGUCGCAUGUAUAUCGCAAGAAAGGCUUACCAGGGGAGGAAGGAUUUCAUCGCAAACCAUUUACCAGCUAUCGUUUGCAUUCAAGCUCAUUGGCGUGGAUAUUCGCAAUGGAAGAAAUAUAACGAUAGAAUGAACUAUCUUAGAGAUAAUGUGGAUAUUAUAAUUAAGAUUCAAAAGUUGGUACGGAUGUGGAUGGCUCGCAGUAAAUAUCAGAAGAGACUGAAAUAUUUUAGAGAUAAUGUUCAUAUUAUUAUUAAACUACAAGCUUGGUUCAGAUCAAAUAAAGCAAGACACGAUUACAAAACUUUAACUGGGGUAGAGAAUCCACCAUUAACCGUGGUUCAAAAGUUCGUUCAUCUUCUUGACCAACGAGCGAACGACUUUGCUGAAGAAAUCGAACUCCAAGAGUUAAAACAGAGAGUUGUUCAAUGUAUCAAGUCGAACAACGAAUUAGAAGAAGCGUUAAACACAAUGGAUAUUAAGAUUGGACUCCUUGUAAAAAACAGAAUCACUUUACAGGAUGUGAUCAACCACAGCAAGAACCUGAAGAAAAAAGGAGGCAAAGAAUCUGGCGGUGACACCCCUAGUCCUGCUGCUGGUCUUAAAAGUUUAAAUAAAACAAACCGAGCUCGAUUAGAAGCUUACCAACAUUUAUUCUACUUGUUGCAGACAAACCCCACGUAUUUCGGAAAGUUGAUUUUCAAGAUGGCCGCCGGUCGAACAAAUAAUUUUAUGCAGUCUGUUAUUCUAUCUGUAUAUAACUACGCUUCAAACCACAGAGAGGAAUAUCUACUUCUAAAACUUUUCAAAACUGCACUGCAAGAGGAAAUUGAAUCCAAAGUUGACAAAGUGAAAGAAAUAGCGACGGGAAAUCCCCUUGUAAUUAAGAUGGUCGUGACCUUUAACAGGGGGGCCAAAGGUCAAAGUUCACUGCGGCAAAUCCUUGCUCCUCAGGUUCAAGAAGUUUUGAAAAACAAGACCCUCAACAUUAACAUGAGCCCUGUGGAGAUUUAUAAAUCGUGGAUCAGUCAGAAAGAAACAGAAACUGGCGAAGCAAGCGACCUUCCGUACGAAGUAACAACAGGAGAAGCAAUGAAGCACGAAGAAGUUCAAAAGCGAGUCGAAGAAUCAAUCACCCAACUUCGAACUGUAACCGAUGCGUUUCUUACAGCUAUACUUGGUUCUAUUGAGGAAAUACCAUAUGGUCUUCGAUACAUUGCUAAAUGUUUACAAAAUCUUUUGAAAAAUAAGUUUCCAGAUACUCCUGAGGAUGAAGUGUUAAAGAUGGUUGGUAACCUGAUAUACUAUCGAUACAUGAACCCAGCCAUUGUUGCUCCCGAUGGUUUUGAUGUUAUUGAUGUAUCAGCUGGUAGUGCCGGGCCUAACAACGAUCAGCGAAGAAAUUUGGGAUCCAUCGCCAAAGUUUUACAAUUUGCAAGCACUGGGAAAACGUUUGCUGGUGACAUGGAACAUCUACGGUCUAUUAAUGAGUAUCUCAUGCAAGCUUAUGAGAGGUUCAAGAAAUAUUUUGCUGCUGUGUGCGACGUACCGGAACCAGAGGAGAAAUACAACAUCGACGAAUACAGUGAUGCCGUGUUGCUCGUUAAACCCGUGAUUUUCAUUAGUUUGAAGGAAAUACUGGAUACACAUAAGUUGCUCCUGGAGCACGAGGACGAAGUUGCAUCCGAUGCUUCUGAUCCGAUCCAUGAGAUGUUGGAGGAGCUUGGCGAAGUUCCUGACAUUGCUUCUCUCAUCGGUACCAACAUGCUGAAGUCACCAAGAAAAGGUGAACCAGGAGGUGUCCAACCAACUGAAGAACAAAGGACUGAACUCCUGAAGACGGAGAUUUCUCUCACCCUUGCAAGUAAAGUGGAGAUAAAGGAAGAUGACGAAUCCGACAUCAAAAAUCUCAUUUUAAGAACAAAGAGAAUGGUGAUCGACAUCAUCAGAAUACAAGUUGGCGAGAAUUUAACGGAAGUUCUCAACACGCCAGCCACUGAUGACCAGGAGGAUCUCCACAUGAAGAACAUCGAGAAACUGGAACAAGAGAAGAAGAAGAGGGAAGGCGACAAGGAGGACAAGGAGUCGAUGUUAAGAACCCGAUCUUUGCUCAACGAGAAUAAACUUCCACUGGAGGACAUGAAGAGGAGAGUCGUUCGUAACCUCAAGAAGUUGGAAGAACACGGGAUCGUGAAGUCUGAAGACCAUUAUCAAACCAUUGUUAACAUGAUAGCAAGGGACAUUCGCAACCAGCGAAGAUACCGACAGCGUAGGAAGCAAGAGCUGGCAAAGUUGAAGCAAAAUAACGAUCGUUUGGACCAGAAGUCGAAAUUCUUUGAAGAGCAAUCGGAUUAUUACAACCAAUAUAUCAAGAGUUGUUUGGCUAGCUUGGCUAAUAAGAGCAAAAAAGCACAGAAGAAGAAGAAGCGAAAAGUUGCGAACAUUAAAUACACGGCAUCUGAACUACACAGGAAGAAAGUUUUGUUGGAAAUUGAGGGUCUUGAAACUGGACAAUUCCGUAACGUGAUGUUCGAGAUCGGGCAAACGGAGGAAGACGUCGGAAAGUUUGAAGUUUCGGCGAAAUUACUCGGAGUUAGCAUGGAGAAAGUAACGCUGGUGUUUCAAGAUUUGCUCCAACUUCAAUACGAGGGAGUUUCUGUGAUGAAGAUGUUCGAUGGAAGAGCGAAGAUCAACGUCAACCUCCUCAUCUUCCUCCUCAACAAGAAAUUCUUCGGAAAAUGAUCUUUCGACAAAAAAUCUUUUACUCCGACCCCAGUUGCCUUAUUUUACUGUGACCGUGAACUUUCUCUUCUCGUGCGCUUCUACUGACGUCACAAAACGAUGACGUCAUAAAAUGAUGACGUCACGCGCGCUAUGACGUCACGGACCUGUGACGUAACCGAUUUUAUUCCUUUCGCCUCAUUACUCAGUACUAUACCGCGUAGCUCGCCGAAAUCGUAAACACAACCUGAAUCAAUCCACGGCCACUGCCCAUGAGAAGCAUAAUAUUCACAUUAUAAGCAACAAACAAAGAAAUACACGUCGCAAAAAAACAAAAAAUUGCGAUAACAACUUUGUACAACACCCAAUGCAAAUAAUGUUUUUUUCAAUAUAGUAGGCUGGGAUAAGAUGGUUUUCAUUCUCUUUUAUCGUCCCAUUUAACGUGAUUAUACAAUCGUAUUGUCAUGACUCUAAAAGAGCGUUGGUAAUUGUUUAAAACACAGUAAAAAAAAAAAAAAUUAUCAAUUAACGGUAUCCAUCUUACCCCACCGUUUUAUAUUUGUAACAAAUAACCCAACAUUCCAAGUUAAAUCCAGCAUCCAAUCUUGUAUAACCAGACCAACUGCGGUACUGAGGCCGGUACCCCGCAAAUACACGUGUAUGGUGUUAAAUAUCCUAACCCACAGCUUUGCACUACAUUUACCACGAUCUGCCAUAUAUUCAGCAAAGGCCUUUUAAGCAUUGUGUCUCUUACAUUGUGCGAUCAAAGUUUUGUGUUUUUUUUUUAUUAACGCGUGGUGGCAGUACCGAGCAGCAUACGGCUUGAUGACGUCACGAGAGCCGUCCCCGAUUCGUUGUGUUAAAAGCAAUGCAAUUCAUUCAGUAACCAGGGAAUUAUCUUAACAUCAUAUCUAUUAUAAGAAGAUGUACAUAUACGUAUUCAUGCUGUCAGCUACUACCGUUACAGCUUAAUCUGCAUAGUUAUUAUCCACCUGGAUGACGCAAUAAAAACCGAAUCGUCAGC